AUGGCUUCCCUCGACUUCAAGGACCUCGUCGUCCUCAUCACCGGCGCAGGCGGUGGCAUUGGCGCUGGCUACUCACACUUCUUCGGUGCCCGCGGCGCCAAGGUCGUCGUUAACGAUGUCUCGGCUCAGUCGGCCCAGAAGGUCGUUGACGAGAUCAAGGCCGCCGGUGGUCAGGCUGCUAUUGCCGUCGGCUCGGUUACCGAGGGCCAGAAGAUUGUGGACCAGGCCGUCCAGGCUUUCGGUACCGUCCACGUCCUCAUCAACAACGCAGGUAUCCUCCGUGACAAGUCGUUCAAGAAGAUGGAUGACGCGCAGUGGGACGCCGUCAUCGCCGUCCACCUCAAGGGCGCGUUUUCGAUGACCAAGGCUGUCUGGCCCCUCUUCCGCCAGCAGAAGUUUGGCCGUGUCGUUAACACUUCGUCGCCCGCCGGUAUCUACGGCAACAUGGGCCAGGCCAACUACUCGGCCGCCAAGAUGGCGCUCGUCGCCUUUUCCAAGUCGCUCUCAAUUGAGGGUGUCAAGUACGACAUCCGCGCAAACACGAUUGUUCCCCUCGCCGCUUCGGCCAUGACCCAGACGGUCAUGCCCCCAGAGGUGCUCAAGGGCCUCAACCCUGACUUUAUCGCUCCCAUCAUCGGCGUCCUGACCGCUCGCAACGGGCCUGAUGUCCGCGGCCGCAUCUUCGAGGUCGGCGGCGGCUUCUACUCUGAGCUCCGCUGGGAACGUUCGAAGGGCCACCUCUUCAAGACCGACGACACCUUCACUCCCACUGCUAUUCGCCACGAGUGGAAGAGCAUCACCGACUUCUCCAAGGAUGUCGAAUACCCCGGCGACCUCAAGGCUGCCGGCCGCAGCCUCAUGUCGGUUAUUGAGAAGCAGCCCAGCCUCAAGCCCAACCAGCAGGGCCCGCCUCCCCCCGUCGAGUUCAAGGGCCAGACUGUCAUCAUCACUGGUGCCGGUGCUGGUCUCGGCCGCGCUUACGCUCACCUCUACGCCAAGCUUGGCGCCAACGUCGUCGUCAACGACGUCAGCGGCAAGAACGCUGAGGCUGUCGUCAAGGAGUGCCAGCAGCUCGGUGCCAAGGCUGCCGCGGCUGUCUGCUCGGCCGAGGAGGGCGAGAAGAUCGUCAAGGUCGCUCUUGACAACUUUGGUGGCGUCCAGGUCCUUGUCUGCAACGCCGGUGUCCUCCGUGACAAGGCGUUCGUCAACAUGACCGAGGAGCAGUGGGACACUGUCAUGUCCGUCCACCUCCGUGGCACUUUCCGCUGCUGCAAGGCUGUCUGGCCCAUCUUCCAGGAGCAGAAGUACGGCCGCAUUCUCGUCACCUCGUCGCCCAACGGCAUCAUUGGCGCUCACGGCCAGGGCAACUACGCCUCGGCCAAGGCUGGCCUCAUCGGUUUCGGCCGCUCGCUCGCCAUCGAGGGCAAGAAGAACAACAUCCUCACCAACAUCCUCGCGCCCUCGGCUGGUACUGCCAUGACCGCCACCAUCUGGACCGAGGAGAUGGUCAAGACUUUCUCGCCCGAUUUCGUCGCCCCUGUCGUCGCCUUCCUUACCUCGAAGGACCAGAAGGGCACCGGCCAGGUCAUCGAGACCUACGGCGGCCAGGUCGCCGCUCUCCGCUGGCAGCGCACCCACGGUGCGGUCUUCCCAAACAACCGCGUCCCCACCCCCGAACAGGUUGCCGCCAAGUGGAAGGAGAUCACCACCUUUGACGAGAACGCCACCCACCCCCGCAACACCCAGGAGUCAGGCAUGCAGAUCUUCGAGAACUUCUCCAACCUCGCCCCUGAGGAGAAGGACUACGUCGACCCCGAGGACCCCGAGGCCAUUGUCAAGGCCAAGCGUGCCGAGGCCAAGGGCAUUGAGUACGAGUUCACCGAGCGUGACGUUAUGCUCUACAACCUCGGCAUCGGUGCGCACGCCAAUGAGCUCCAGUGGACCUACGAGAACGACGCCGACUUCCAGCCCCUCCCCACUUUCGGUGUCAUCCCGCAGUUCACUGCUGGCCUCGGCGACUACGACUUCCUGCCCAACUACAACCCCGGCAAGCUCCUCCACGGCGAGCAGUACCUGUCGAUCAAGGGCAAGGUCCCAACCUCGGGCAAGCUUGUCAACAAGGCGCGCCUCUUUGAGGUCCUCGACAAGGGCAAGGCGGCGGCCGUGACCACCGUCAUCGAGUCUCGCGACGCCAAGACUGACGAGCUCAUCUACGAGAACCACUCGACCGUCUUCAUCCGUGGCUCCGGCGGCUUCGGCGGCAAGCGCGCGGCCAAGGACCGUGGCGCUGCCACCGCCCCCAACGCGGCGCCUAACCGCACGCCCGACGCGGUUGUCGAGGAGAAGACCUCGGUUGACCAGGCCGCGCUCUACCGCCUCUCGGGCGACUACAACCCGCUCCACAUCGACCCCCAGUUCUCCAUCAUUGGCGGCUUCAAGAAGCCGAUCCUUCACGGCCUCUGCUCUAUGGGCUUCGCCGGCCGCCACGUCUACAAGACGUUCGGUCCGUACAAGGACAUCAAGGUGCGCUUCGCCGGUACCGUCAUUCCUGGUGAGACUCUCGUCACCGAGAUGUGGAAGGAGGGCGACAAGGUCAUCUUCCAGACCAAGGUCAAGGAGCGCGACGCGCCCGCCCUCUCCAACGCCGCCGUCACCCUUAUCGACGCUGGCGUGCCCAAGUCCAAGAUGUAA